CCUCAUUGAAAAGAAACUCAAAGGACAAGAUAUUAAUAGUAACAUAUAUUAAAAUUACGGAUGUAAUAGUUUUAGAAUUUUCUCCGAUAGAAUAUAGUCCAGCAGAUGGUUGUGAAAGAAAACCAGAUUGAAAAUGUCUAGUCGUUCAACAACGAUCAGGGUUGAAACAGUUGAUGAUGUUAGCCGUAUACCAGACUUGUUACAGGCGAUGAAGGUGAUGAGAGAGUUACAUAUAACCACAACUGGUGUUAGAGAUUUAGAUCAAGCCAAAGCCAAAAUCAUCGAAAACUUCUCAAAAGAAAAGGCUCAUGAAAUCUACUCCAAAAAUUCUCUCCUACAGGACCGAGAUCCCAUGCAACUCGCCCUGAAAGAGAACGAAGCCAAUCGGGAAAAGUUGACUCAGCUAUUCAGAAAGUGUGAUGCUUACUUAAGAUCCAUGUCCAGUCAGUUCCAGGAUGAUUUAAGACGAACUUUUCCAGAGUUUGAGACAGUUUUUCAACAAAGAGAACGAGAUCUACAGAUAUCAAGUUGUUAUAUUUUAGUAGCAGGUGAGACCGGGGCAGGUAAAAGUAGUGUAAUCAAUCUAUUAUUAGGUAGCAAUGUUCUACCUACUAGUGAUCUACAGUGUACAGCUAAUAUAUGUGAACUCAGGAAAUCAGACCGGCGUUACUACGUUCUCGUCCAUAGAAUAAAAGAGAAUGAAAGACGAAAACAACGACAGAUUGUGGACUACGACGAAAGAGGGGGUGUACAACAUUUUCUAGAAAAUCUGGCCGGUCAUAUACAGUUAGUCGAUCAAACUACGGAGGAAAGUAAAUAUGAAAAGAUUGAAAUUUAUUGGCCGUUUCCUUUUAACAUGGAUAAUAUUGUAUUUGUUGAUACUCCUGGCAUUGGUGAUAAUCUCAAUUUAUCUAAAAGCUUACAAACCUACAUGGGGAAAACAUUUGGUUUUAUAUAUGUUAUUAAUAGUGCUGCAGCCGGUGGUGUUCACAGAGACAGGUUGGGUAGAUUGUUGAGGGCGGCCCAAGAACGUGGAGAUGAGGAUUUUGACCCAUCCGCAGCCUUAUUCGUCUGUAACAAACAGGAUUUAAUCAAACAGUCUGACGUAGCGGAAGUUAUGGAAGCUACGAUAGCAAAGUUAAAGAUGUGUUACCCAGGCGUGGAGAGUGAUCAACUAUAUCCUAUAUCUUCUAGAGAGGCUAUUAAAACAGCUGAAUAUAAUCGUGGUAUGUUGAAAGAACACACGGCUUUAGUUACAGGUGUACGAGAUGUUCUACCUAAAAUAUUCCAUUCUCAACUAGCAGCACAUUAUAGAUGGCUGGCUUCAGUUAUCAAAAGAACUCUAUACACAUUGAAAGUGUCAAGAGUUAUUGAUGCAAAGAGUAUAAAUGAUAAAGAAAAUGAAUUAAGUGACAUUAAAGCACAAAUGGCAGCUCUUGCGAGACGUGCAGAAGAUCGAAUCACCAUUAUGAAAACUGAUAUGAAGAACUCCAUACAAAGUGUCGCUAAUGAAGUUCUGCGGGUUCUUGAUCAAUGUAGUCCCGAACUAUCAAUGUGGGGACCGUCAACUUGUCCACAGCCAGAGAAGGACUGGAAAUCCGUGACAAGAAAUGCUUCUAAUGUCAUUAGUAGUAGAAUCUCUCAAUUAAUAGAUGACUGGUGUGCUAGACGCGAUAUUGUGGGACAGAUUAAAAGAAGUGUACUCGAUAAGUUUAAAAAUGAAUUCGAACUGUUCGAGGAUCAAAUUAAAGAGAUAGAAGGAACGUUUCUGGGUGCUGAAACUAGAGCUAUGUCGGAAUAUCACCAAUCAAUGAAAUCUAGAUCUAAUGUUAAAGCUGUGUGGAAAACACAAAAGAAAGAAAGAGACUAUGGGGUUUCAAGUCUCGGAAUUGCCGUCGGUGAAGCAACUUCAUUGAAUAUUAAAGACGCACAGGUGAAGAAAUUAUUUAAAGACUAUAGUACUAGUAGUAAACCGGGUGAAAUAAUGAGACAAGCCACUCUACAUUUUCUACAUGAACUCAAUAAAUCAACACUUACCGAAUCUCUGAAAAAAUACUUUACUAGGUUCUUUAAAGAAAUAGACGAGAUAAGUGGGCUGAUUCCAAAGUUUCUAGAAUCAGAUCGCGAAUUGAUCAAAACCUUAACGCUAGAAGUUCAGGAAAGCGAAAGUAAAAUAUUUGAACUGUAUCCAGAACUGAUCACAAAUUGUUCUGAUCUACGAUCACGAUUAGAUAUGUUUUAUUGUCGAAAAUUGAUGAAGACUGAUUUCUCGUUCCGUUCGUUCAAUAUUGAAAAGACUGAACUUGGAGAAGGGACAUUUGCUAAGGUCUACAAGGCGAAAAUGCCUGGAGAAGACUUCUAUGUGGCAUUGAAAGUAAGCAAAGAUCCUUUAAAGGAAUCGACUGUCAGUGAUGUGUUGUUAGAGCAUGAAUUUUCUAGGGAUUUAAAACACAGAAACAUCAUACGGUAUUACGGAUCAUCGAGAAUCGUUAAAGAUCAACAAAUAAAAUUUGUUAUGGUUCUAGAAUAUUGUACUAUGACGUUACAACAGCUUAUCAACAGAGAGGCUGAAAAACUACCGGCAAAGGCUGGUAGUGUACCAGCACAAAUGAUGACAGCCAUGUUGAACAUGGCGGAUCUUGCUUAUCAAAUAUGUGCUGGUUUGGGAUAUCUUCACCAGAAGAGCGUUGUACAUCGGGAUCUGAAAACAGAAAACAUUUUGCUAACGGAAGACCGAGUGGUGAAGUUAAGUGAUCUAGGAUUGGCUAAAGUGGGUCUUGGUGUGACCAAUCAGGUUGGAUCACCAGUGUACAUGGCGCCUGAAAUUCUUCUAGUUGAUACGAAAACUCCGUACGAUACCAAAGCUGAUGUUUAUAGUCUGGGUAUUAUACUGUGGGAAUUAUGGUACGGUCAGGAUGUAGCUGACCAUAUCCAGGUGAUGAUAAUGGGAAGCUUUGAGGAGAGUAUAAAACGAGGACUCAGACCAUCGCUGACUUUGAAGACCAAACCCCCUUCAGAAUGGGCAAACAUGAUAACCAAAUGUUGGGAUAAGCAUGCACCUGCACGACCUAAAUGUAAUUUCAUCAUGGACUUCUUCGCAGAUUUUAUUAAAGCUCAUAAAAAAUGAAGAGACGUGGUAUAGAUCAGGGUUUAAUUUAACCAGUAUCAAAUGCCAUAAACUAAAAUCUAGAAUUAAAAUACUGUGCAGUUAAUGACGCGUGUGUAAUUAACUAAUGUUGCUUUAAGUAUUAACUAGUUCGGUCAAUGUUGUUUUAAUUAUUAACUAUAUUUAUAUGUAUUAUAUAUUUCGGUUAAUAUCAUUUUGAUUAUUAACUAGUGCGGUUAAUAUUGUUUUAAUUAUUAACUAUAUUAUAUAGUUCGGUUAAUGUCGUUUUGAUUAUUAACUAGUGCGGUUAAUAUUGUUGUAUUAUUAUCUAUAGUGUUGUUAAUUCCAUUCGUAUAAUUAACUAAUUCGGUUGAUGUCGUUUGAAUAAUUCACUAGUGUGUUAAUCUUUCGUAUUAAUUUACUAAUGUCGUGGUAAAACUCCAAAGCAUAUAUUUACCCCAGGGUUAUUGAAUCCUUAAGAAUGCGUCUGACAAAAACAGUAUUAACCGUGGUAAUUAGAGUAUUUAAAAAAACACUCAAAAUACAUGAUACUUAGUCACAAAAAUGUAUAUCCUCACAUGUCACCUGGUGGUCAAUUACGUUUCGUUUUAAUUAUUUGUUUGUUUUGUUUUACUACUGUGUAGUGUUAAAAUCAGAAAGAAUGAACGAAACGAAAUUGAAAUCAGAUUUUAAUUUAGAGUUAACUUCCAGCGAAGGAUCCUCACCACAGAAGUCUCCACUUAAUCGGGUUUUUUUUUCAUUUUAUUUGGUUAAUAUUGUUACUACAUAUACAGUGUCUUUAAGGGGUUUCUAUUCAUUUAGGCUAAAGCGACCUAAUGAAUAGGGGGAUCACGUGGCUAAGUGGGUAAGACGCUGGCUCGCUAGCCUGGAGGUCGGGUGUUCGAUCCCUGCAUUGGCAGAGAAAGUUCAUCCAGAUUUUCAGGCGUGGUUCCCCUUGUCAGUGAUGCAGGACGGAGGGCCUGACAAGGACAGCAGUCUAGUCGUUCGGGUGGUACGAAAAACCGAGGUCCCGUGUACAUAUUGGCGUGCACGUAAAAGAUCCCUUUGCAGUUGGAAUUCGAUAUAAGAGUACUGAUAAGUAUUUUUAACAGUAUUAAACACAUUUUAAGGUGGCUCUGGUGAGAUUAGAUGUGGUAAUUACAAAUUGACCAUAGAAACUGGAAGACGGGAAAAUAUUGAGAUAAACAAGCAGAAUAGGUACAUAAUAUUGUUGUUGAGACAAUCUGAUUAAAACACAGAUCCUAUUUCGUUUCGUAUUUUAUAGUUCAAAAUUUCGUUUUACUUGUCUUCACUGAUUUAUAUAUAGAUCAGCGCUUGUCUUCACAAGAGUAGGCCAUCGAAAGUAUAAAAAACGAAACGAAAUAUAGAUUUGUAUUUUAAUCAGAUUCUAAUUUGAAAAAUGCAAAACUAGGUGGGGAAUCACGUGGCUAAGUGGUUAAGACGCUGGCUCACUAGCCUGGAGGUUGGGUGUCGAUCCCUGCAUUGGCCGAGAAAGUUCAUCCUGAUUUUCCGACGUGGUUUCCCCUUGUCAGUGGUGCAGAACGGAGGGCCUGACAAGGACAGCUGUCUAGUCCUUCGGAUGAGACGAAAAAUCGAGGUCCCAUGUAUACAUUAGAAUGCACGUAAAAGAUCCCUUGGCAGUUGGAAUUUGAUAUAAGAGUAGGCGAUAGUGCCGCUGCCCGGGCAAAAUUUCCCUCAUAGCACACUGUAUGGCGUAUGCCUGUCUUCAUUAGCCCAGUAUAGGAGCAGAACAGUAGGACGUUAAACCCCAUUUCAUUUCAUUUCAUUUGUUGAGAAUACAAACUAAAUUGUUGAAGAUGAAAUAAAUCUGUCUAAUUGA